UAAACUAUCCAGAGGAGAGUUUACUCUGAAACAGCAGCAGCGUUACAUCAAAACCUAGUGAAGAAACUCCUGUUGAUGCAACUGGAUGGAUUUUGUUCUACUUUGUCAUUUGAUACACUUUCACAACCUCCUCUACUGAUUUUUUUUUUGUUUAAAUAUCCCAACUUGGCUGAUAAACUGUCCAGCAGUGGCAGCAACAGCAGCCAAGGAUAAAGGACCUUUGCUUCCAGGCUAAAGUGGAUGUGUACUCUGGACUAUAUUGGCCAUGUGUCAGCUUCAAAGCACCCGGUGCAUUCUGGGUCAUUUGUACCUGCUACAGAACAAUAUGUGGACGCUACCCAUUGUGAUGCAGUGUAGGAUUUCAGCAGUAGCUCUGGAGGGCUACCCCGCCUUCCCACUCAUCAUUUUACUCCCAAGCUGAUUUUUACGCAUACAUAACCAUGAGACUAUGUCGAGAGGACUGAUAGCAGAACACACAAACACACACAACUAAAGAGGAGGGGGUUUUUUUGUAAGAAGGCUGGGGCGGGAUCAGCAGAUGGCCUCGCUGAAAAGAUUCAUGAACAACAGAGCUGCUGCUAACUGCCGCUACCAACCCACAAGCUACGAGCAUGCAGCAAACUGCUACACCCACGCGCUGGUGAUCGUGCCUGCGUUCGUGGGCAUGGCUCUGCUGCACCGGCUCUCAGAUGACCGGUGGGAGAGGAUCACGGCCUUGGUGUACGGACUCGGCCUCUGUGCUCUCUUCCUCAUUUCCACCGCCUUCCACAUCAUCACCUGGAAGAAGAGCCACAUGAGGACAGUAGAGCACUGCUUCCACAUGUGUGAUCGAGUGGUCAUCUAUUUCUUCAUUGCUGCCUCAUACACACCAUGGUUAAACCUGAGGGAACUGGGUCCUCUGGCGUCUCACAUGCGCUGGUUCGUGUGGCUCAUGGCGGCUGCAGGAACCAUCUACGUUUUCAACUACCAUGAGAAGUAUAAACUGGUGGAGCUGGCCUUCUAUCUGACCAUGGGCUUCUCUCCUGCACUGGUGGUGACCUCGAUGACGAACACGGACGGUGUGUAUGAGCUGGCGUUCGGUGGCUUGAUCUACUGCAUGGGCGUGGUCUUCUUUAAAUCGGACGGCGUCAUCCCGUUUGCUCACGCCAUCUGGCACGUGUUUGUCACGCUUGCCGCUGCCGUGCACUACUACGCCAUCUGGAAAUACCUCUACCGCAGCUCACCUGCUGAGGAGGUCAGACAUGUGGUUGACCUCUGACCUGUGUCUCUCUCACACACACACACACUCACGCACGCAUGAGGGUCAUCUCACCUGCGAGAUCUUCAUCUGAACCAUUUUCACCACGAGGUGCUCACUCAUCAGCUACUCGAGUUUACCAACACGACCUCCGAUUGUUUACUAGCUCCUGGAGAACAGUGUGUGUGUGUGUGUGUGUGUGAGUUUAAAUAAGUUUCAUUUCUUUUCCAUUUCCACCAGUAUUUUUGCACAGACGAACAGCUGGUCGACUCAGAUGCAGUCGAUCAGCUGAGACGCGUUCGGGUUCUUCAGAUCCGUACUGAAGCUUCCGUACUGUUUAAAUCCUCACACUGCUGUGUCUUUUAGAGCGAGCGUGAGGUGAUUAUUUCAGGGUGCAGUUUAAUCCAGCAGGCUAAACUGGUGGCUUCCUCUCCUCCAGGGUUGGACUGUCUUUGUUUUUGGUUGCGCUGCUCUGUGAAAUCUCGGGUUCUUUGUCGUCGUUACAUGUGAAUGUGUUUUUGUCCUCAGAGCAGCUCUGCACACAACAUUCCACUUUUCACCAAAUGUUUACCUUUUCACUAGAGACAUGCUGAAGCCACAGAGUCCACGCCUUAUACGCAUUUCAUCUCUCCAGGACCUGCUGGUCAGAUGGAAUCAUCACCGUAUCCAUCACCGUGUGCUGCUGUAACCUCCAUGUUGUUGCGAGAUUCCGGCGAAAGCGGCACAGAAACCGCUAGAACGGCUUCCAGAUUUUUUUAUUGGCUCCAUCAGGCGUUUUCUCACCACCACCACCACCAGAUAAACCAGUCGUUCUGUUAACAUACACCAUGGCAUUUGUAAUCCAUCAUCAGUGCACUUCAUGAACCCGGAUCAUUCGAGUCUGAAUAUCGGACACUUCGCACACUCAACACUCACUUACGUAGCAGAAGAGGGGCGGAGUUACCAGGCACUGAUGCCGGAUGAGAAACAUUUCAAGAUGGUGGACGAGAAUCUAUUUAUCUGACAAUAAUUUAAAAAAUUCAAAGCUAAAGCUAUCUUAGCGUGUGUUUGGUGCCAUCGACCUCGACAUCAUACACUUUCCACCUGAGACUAUUCUGACACUCGCACCCCAGACUCUAGAGUACACUGUAGAGCGUACACUGUAAGAGUGUAGUAGGUGAUUUGGGACGCAGCUCUAGCAUCUAGUGGCUUCUCGAGGUCACUGACUGCUAACGAGACCAAACUGUUCAUCAGGCAGCUUUUCAGAUCAGUGGAACGACCUCA